GGCCGCAAAAUUCGCCGAUAUACAGUCCGCGCGUGUGCACGCAUAUGUCGUUGCCUGAUUCCCGAAGAGACGUCGUCGUCGCGAUGCAGCUGACACCUCCGUUCGUUGAAGUCUGCAAUGGACGAUUCUCGACACGGAUGAAUUAGGAGCUGCCAGCUAAAUACGAGAGAACGAAGAUCGGAUGAGAAGAAGAGCGAGAGGAAGAGGGUUCUGCGACGAAAAUGUCUAUUCGGCGUUGACAUGACUGUCGUUGGGAGAAUCUCCGAUUGCUCCGUCGAAAUUUUUGGCGUUCGUGUAUAGCAGAAACUGGAAGGAACUUAAAACCACGUUUCGGGUGAAUCUAAAUAAAGAACUAUGCAGCGUGGCGGCUGAGGCGGGGCGCGGUGCCUCGGAAUAUGUGAGAGAGUGAGUAAGAAUGGUACAGCAAACCGCAUACAGUAACGAGACGAGCGCAUCCCUCAAUGGAGUACCGAACGGCGACCGCAGAGGAAGAACGUCCGGUCUCAUCGACGGUGUGGUAGCGCGUAGUGCUGUCGAUGGUGAAACGACUUCCCUGACACGCGGUAGCGGCGGAGGUAACAGCGGCCGGUUUUCCCUGUUCAAGUGGUUCAAGCGAAAUAGAGAUUCAACCGUGGAGAAACGACGGAGAACGAGCGCGAGGCCGGACGAUGAUGGCGUCGUCCGACGACGUAGCAGCAUCUACUCCAGCGUAGAUAGCGUAAAUACCUUUUACAGUACUACCACGGUCCGCAGUUUCGCAUUUCACACGGGAACUCUGGGCCGUUGCAACGUGCUGUCUUUGGAUAUACUCAAGCAAGCAGCUGAAGUAGGUCCGUUCGCUGCCGGAGCCUCGAAAGUAUACUUGGGUAAUAAAGAAAACAACGCGUCGUCGGCCGCCGCCUGUACGUUACCGAUUAAUGUACACUCUAGGAGACAAGAUAUCACCUCCAGGUACUCUUUGCAACCAACGACCUUCAGCUCGUGUGGGAACUUCCUGACACCUGGAAAAAAUUUAUCGGUCGUGUCGGAUUCGGUGAGAAAAUUUGAGAGGCGGAGAGUCAAUGGGGCUGCACGACGACGGGUCCACGUAAAGGGAAAACGGAAAGCACCCAAUCCUCCCGACGCGGUGGUGAAGAUCGUGGAGGUCAAUGCACGCGAAACACCGCCAAGGAACAGCAAUAGACGCAAACGACGGGCGCCGCGACCUCCUGAGAAAGUGACUGUGGAACAGUCAAAGCUUGUCACCGAUGGCGACGGCAUGGAAGUAGAAGUGCGGAAGGAUGUCGAUGAAGGGCAAUCGAUCAGUAACGAUACACUAAUCCUUCAGGGUGGUAUGCUGCUGUCAAAGAAGGAAGUUUGCGGCAGUCCAAAAGCCGCGAAAAACAACAACAGUGACGCGGAAGCGUCCAACGUGACGGUCCUGCAAGAAAGAGCACAGAGUCCAAUUAGUACCCUGAACAUGCCUCGACCUUGGUACAAGCGUAGCGUAUUCGAGCACUCUCGCGACUCCGGAUCAUCCAAGAGAGGCGCCGUCUUUCGCAGCCCUAUGACAUCUGCUGAAAUGAAGGAGGAGUAUGUCGGAACAAGUAUAAAUUCUUCUCCAAGUUAUUCCAUUGACGCUUCCCUGUCAAGGCUAAAUUUUUUUCAUCGCGGCGAGCGGCAAAGUGACGACAGGAAACGACAGGAGGCUAAACGAAAAUCCGGCUUGUCUAUUCUAACGAACAUCAGCGAGCUGGAUAAAGAAGCGGCGGCGAUUGUACAGGAAGAGCAGGCUCGAGCACGGGCGUCAAUGUUGUUGAAGACGUCAAAAUUUGCUGAAGAUUUCGAAAAGAGGAAUGACGUCAACGAAGAACUAGUUCAGGACAUGGUCACCUCGGCGAUUGAGAGUUCAUCGCCUAGACGAGGCACGCGCGCGUUAAUCUCAAAAUUCAAUGCCAUCAGCAAUAUCACUAAAGUCACGGUCAACGCUAAUUUCUUUGCUAAAAGGGAUCAACCAGGUUAUAAGUUUGAUCGCGAUGCAACAAGAAACGACAGAUUCGAACAAAUCGGAGAUUGGAGAAAUCAAAGAUUCUCGGUGCAACAAGAUCUCGGCCAAAGCGUUCGCGUUGAUAAAGAUAUUUCCAGGUACUUCUUGCCGCAACAGAGAUCAUCGAAGAAUAGAACUGAAUCAACGAACACGGAUGUAAAGUCAGUAGACAUCAAAAUUACUUCUAGCAAGGAACAAAAUGAUCAGCUGAUGAAGGACGCAUCCAGUAGAAUAUCAUUUUUACAAAGUCAACUCGCUGCGAAUCGCGAGAAUGAGUCUUUAACUGUUCAGAAAGAUAUCGCGUUUCCGGAAGAAAAGAUUAGAUCGCGGCAGGAAAUUGCCAAAGAAACGAAGGACAAAGAAUCACCGAAAUUGAAUACUGAAACAAGAAGAAAAUUUCUACUUUCUCGUACUACUCGUAACUUACCUGAAAGUACAGAAACCGCGUUAGAUCCCUUCAGAGAAAAGGCGGAAGGGGAAAAGGAAUUUUCGGACAUUUUCAACGAGAUCGACCGACAGCUGCGUUCUAGAGAAUUCAAACUCAUCGAACGGAGAUCAGUAGCCGAAUCUGACAAUGUCAGAGACAAAGUUCCAGGGGAUGAAGCUGUAUCGAGUAAAGUGGCCAAAGUACUCGAUAUCCUAGUGGAAGCCGAGAAGGAUGGUAAAACGAGAUUGACGAUACAGCCGGAAAGAUCGAUGCAAGACAAGGGAACGUCGCGUUUGAUUGAUUCAGAUCAGAAGGCAAAGUCCAGUAAGACAAAAUUAACCGCUCUCAAUACUGUCGAGGACCCAAUUACUGCGGAUUUGAAGGAGAUGCUGAAGGAGAUGAAACACUCGUUACCGAAACGGCCCAAAUCGAAGAAGAUUGUGUCAAACGAUGUUCUCGAAAAGGUUGAGAAGCGCUCGCCCGUACCUACAAACAAGACCUCCUACAUUGCUACGACGAGGAUAGCGACAACGUCAAAUGAUUACGAAACAGAUAAGCAAAAGGUAUCCUCGUCAGCGCAAACCAGUGGAAACAUCCGUAGAUUAAAUCAACCUUCCACUUCCGCCGAGCGACCGUCUACAUCGGGAUGGAAACAUGAGAACGUACUCUACAAAACUUCCGGCAAGGGUUCGGUUCUUGUGAAGAAUACUUUCCAACUGAUACGACCACGCGAUUUCGCCGAGAUAGAAGCUAUGAAGACCACGAAGGAGGUAUACAAGGAAAACGCUUAUGCCAAUGUGAUAGAACCAUCGCUAUACGCAAAUACUCACGUUCCUCCCAUAUCGCCAAAACAACAACCGGAUCCGACGACAUCUAAAGAUAUUUUGCAAAGUAAUCAUCCUGAAGAGCAAUCCAAUAUUGCAGACGAGAGUAAGAUCAUGUUGAACAAUGAUGAGCUUACAAAUAAAGACGAUAAUUCAACAGCGAGAAACAUGAAUACUCUGGCCAUAAAUCGAUUACUGAGAAAACUGGAAGGGGCCAUCGCGUCGGGUCAUCAUCAGCAAGCGGCGGGAUUAGCGAAGGAAUUGGCAAGACUCAAAAUCCAUUGUUCCGUGAUACGACAGCGUUCGGCGGCGCGUUUGAAGGAUCAGUCGAUUAAAGUCAAUAUGUAUAUCGAAGAUAAACUCGCUCACCAAGGGCCCAUACCACUUCAGUUGCCGACGAGAAUGACGAUAGCCGAGCUGAAGACAAAGAUACAUACGGAGUUUGAGAUACCCACGAACGUGCAGCGAUGGAUCAUUGGGAAAAACUUGGCUGAUCACGACGAAGCCACUCUCGUCGAGUUACACGCAGUGGAUGGUUCACCAGUAUUUCUUUAUCUCGUAGCACCCGAUAGUGUUGCAUUGCAUAUCGACAAUGCAGCACAAGUGAACAAGUCACAGCCAACAGAGGAAGUUUCUGAAGAAUUAAUACAAGAUCCACCAAUGGAAGUUUUGCAGACAAUCGAAGAAAAGCAAGAAACCAAAGAAGUAGAUAAAAUAAUAUCGAUAACAAAUGAACAUGAGCAAGAAACAGCGGAGACGAACAUGUCGGAAGACAUCAAGAUAGGACGAUACGAGGAAUUGAUAUCGUUGGAGAAUUGGGAUGUCAUUCCAAAUUCCGAGCCAAUCGAGUGUCCAAUAUGCUUCGUUACAUAUGGUCCACGAGAAGGUGUAAUUCUAAGGGAUUGUUUACACAUGUUCUGCAGGCCAUGUAUCGCCAAUACGAUCGCGUAUUGCGAAGAAGCGGAAGUGAAAUGUCCGUACAGAGAUUCUGAUUAUACGUGUGAAUCAACCCUUCAAGAACGUGAGAUCAAGGCGCUCGUCGAGCCAGAAGUUUAUCAGCAGCACCUCGCGAAGUCGAUCGCGCAAGCUGAGAACAAGGCUGGAAACAAGGCUUUCCACUGCAAAACACCGGACUGUCCUGGUUGGUGCAUUUACGACGAUGACGUGAAUAAUUUUUUAUGUCCUGUAUGUGAAGCUAAUAAUUGUCUUACCUGUCAGGUUGUUCAUACUGGGAAGAAUUGCAAACAAUAUCAGCAAGAAUUACAACUUUCGAAAGAAACUGACCAGGAAUCUAGAAGGACAGCAGCAAUGCUCAAAGAGAUGGUCGAUAGAGGAGAGGCACUUGCAUGUCCCACAUGUGCCGUUGUUCUUAUGAAAAAAUGGGGUUGCGACUGGUUAGUUUGUUCUAUGUGCAAAACGGAGAUAUGUUGGGUGACCAGAGGACCGCGUUGGGGGCCAGGAGGUAAAGGAGAUACGUCCGGUGGUUGCAGAUGUGGUGAAAACGGAGUUAAGUGUCAUCCCCGUUGCAAUUACUGCCACUAAAGAAUUAUAACUACAAUAAUAGGCAAAUAGGAAGUUCAUGGUGACAAUAAGAUGUUUUAGAAAUGCUUUUAUAUUAUAUGCUUUCAUAUUGACACGAUAAUUCACAGACUCGAUGAAACAUGCGAAGAUCUUUUAUACGCACGUUUAGUAUAAGCUCGAAUCCCGAUGAAUCAGUAUGUAAUAGAAAUUACAAUAUACGCUGCUUGCUCAAUGAUUGUAAUCUUAUCGUGACACCGUCCUUGAUAGGAUUGAAAGUAAGAUUCUAAUAAAAAGAGGAACACACCUAA